ACUGACGCACAUCACCACCCUUGGGCCCUGCUACUCAGCUGGCGUCACAAGCAGUGAUCGUCAUGGCUGAAAUGUUUGAUAUCUGAAGACAACCCCGGUGACAACACCAUAAUUUCCUACUUAAAAAGCACUGAAAUAUACCACGGCUACCCAGUUCUUUCAUUAAUGCGACCACAUGGACGUGACGCACUGAUACACACAACCCCGGAGAACAACUUUAUCCAGCAGCCAGCGUUAUAUUUGCGAGUGGUUGUGGAUAACCGACGCGGCAGUAACUCCAAACUGAGGGGGGUGGGGCGGGAAAAUUAGUUAAGUGUGUUUUUCUUUUCUUUUUUUUUGAGGCAUCAAAAACAACUAAGCAGCCCUUUCCUGUGUUGUAUUUCCCAUAUGUCGGGCAAACAGGUCGACCAUGACUACAAUCUCCGUAGUAUGAACAACCUGAUGGGCGAGCGGUGGAAGAAAGUGAGCGACGGAGGAGAGCGGAGUCUGAUCAAGGCUCCGUCCAGCGCCAGCCUCAGCAGCCAGGGCGCCUCCGCCGCGACCUCCACCGCAGGUGCGCCAGCAGCACCCCCCACUUCCACCGGGGACCUGGAGAGGGCUGCCCGCAAGCAGUUCCAGCAGGAUGUCACGCCCGGCUUCGUCUACGUCCUGGCCGCGUUCUCCGCCCUGGGGGGCUUCUUGUUCGGCUACGACACCGGGGUGAUCUCCGGAGCGAUGCUCCUGCUGAAGAGGGAGCUGGACCUGAGCGCUCUGUGGCAAGAGCUGCUCAUCUCAAGUACUGUGGCCGCGGCCGCCCUGUCUGCCCUGCUGGGCGGCUUCCUCAACGGGCUCUUCGGGCGCAGAGUGUGCAUACUGCUGGCCAGCUUCUUCUUCUCCGUCGGUGGGAUCGUGCUGAGCACCGCCCCUGGCAAAGAGGUCCUCCUGGCGGGGAGGCUCAUCGUCGGAGUGGGGCUUGGUAUUGCCUCUAUGACGGUGCCAGUGUACAUCGCUGAGGCCUCUCCGCCCCACCUCAGGGGUCAGCUGGUGACGGUUAACACCCUCUUCAUCACCGGUGGACAGUUCACCGCCAGCCUCAUCGACGGCGCCUUCAGCUACCUGCAGCGCGAUGGGUGGAGGUACAUGUUGGGUCUGUCGGUGCUUCCCGCCGUGCUCCAGUUUGUGGGAUUCCUGUUCCUGCCGGAGAGCCCUCGCUGGUUAAUCCAGCAUGGGCUGACCCAGAAGGCCCGCCGCGUGCUCAGUCAGAUCCGAGGAAACCAGAACAUCGACGAGGAGUACGACAGCAUCAAGAACAGCAUCGAUGAGGAGGACAGCGGAGGAGAUGGCCCUGUAAUCUGGCGAAUGCUGACCUACCCCCCCACUCGGCGAGCCCUCCUGGUUGGCUGUGGUCUUCAGAUGUUCCAGCAACUUUCAGGAAUCAACACAGUCAUGUACUACAGCGCCACCAUCCUGCAGAUGUCAGGAGUGCGGGACGACAGGCUGGCGAUCUGGCUGGCUGGACUCACCACCCUCACCAACUUCCUGUUCACCCUGCUGGGAGUGUGGCUGGUGGAGAGAGUGGGGCGCAGGAAGCUCACCUUGGGCAGUAUCAUAGGUACAUGUUUGAGUUUGAGUCUGCUGGCCAUCGGUUUUCUGAUGUCUGCCCAGCACAGUCCUCCUGUCACCUUCCACCCGUUAGACCCAUCAAUGGCCAACUCUACCUGCUCCAAAUACCAGCUGUGUGAGCCAUGCAUGCUGGACCCUGGAUGUGGUUUCUGUUACCGUGAGAACAGCUCAGCGCUCCUCGCCUCCUCCUGUGUGCCGGUCAAUAAGGCCUCCACCGAGCAAGCAGCAUGGGGCAGAUGCUCCAACUCCAGCCUGAUGAGAGAUGAGACCUACUGGGCCUACAACUACUGUCCCACCUCCUACUCCUGGCUGGUUCUACUGGGUCUGGUCUGCUACCUGGCUGCUUUCGCUCCAGGGAUGGGUCCGAUGCCGUGGACCAUCAACUCAGAGAUCUACCCUCUGUGGGCGAGGAGCACCGGGAACGCCUGCGCAGCCGGAGUCAACUGGACCUUCAACGUCCUGGUGUCUCUCACCUUCCUCCACCUGGCUCAGUACUUCACCUACUAUGGAGCUUUCUUCCUCUACUCCAGCAUGGCUUUGCUGGGUUUCUUCUUCAUCUACGGCUGCCUGCCGGAGACCAAAGCCCGGCGUCUGGAGGAGAUCGAAGCGCUGUUCGAAAACCAGCUCUGUUCCUGCGGCGCCUCCGAUUCGGACGAGGGACGGCAGGUCGAAUACAUCCGAGUCAAAGGUUCAAACUACCAUCUAUCGGACAACGACGCAUCUGACGUGGACUAGAGAGUGUUUUUCGUUAGCUUCUGUGAUUACUGAAACAUGCAGAGUGUCGUGUGAUAUUUUUCUUUUUUUUUUUGUGUGCGUGUGAGCCGAGGAGCCACUGGUUACCCUCGCUACGAGGUUCAGAAUCACAGUUUGCUUGUAUCAGAAGUUGAGCGAGGUUCACUUCCAAUUCAGGAAUCCAAAAUCGACGACAAGUCAAGGACAUGUCAGCCUAUUCUCUGAAUUGAGGGUGAACUGAUGCCAAAUCUGGGGUCAAACCUGCUUUAGUAGACCGCUGAAUCUUCAACCAUGCGCCACAAAUAUCUCAAUUACGAAAGGCUAAAACAUUGCCUUUUCCACACACUUGGACAGGAAACACACACUGCAUGUACAAAAUACAAGGGGCAUUUCCUCUCUCAUGAAGUCCACCGAUCAUGAUGUACCUUACAAAAGAGGCCCCAGCUCAGUAUCAGUAAUAUGUUCCUAAUAUUUUGUUGACUAAAUAUAUUUUAUGAUUUAUUUACAACGUACAGUAUAAAAAGUAUAAUGAUCCAGCCAUCCUACAGCAUUGUGUCAGAAUAGGUUUCCAUUUAAAGAUACAGUAAAGUUGGUCUUGAAAACCAGGUUUGUGCGUCCACAAAACCUUUGUUGACAUGACAGCAGUUGUGACUUAUUGUCAAUCUGUGGUACCAUUAUGCCUUUCUACAUGAAACACAUCUCAGUUACAUGUUGUUUAAGCUUGUAGCAUAGCACACUAAUGUCAGUUCCUCAUCUGAUGACAGUCUUCGUUUGUGGUUCUGAUGUCUUUUUAUGAAAAGCAAACACCAGAGAUGUACAGUAUUUAUUGUUUAAGUUUAGGAAACGUGUAUUGUCAGUUAGUGCCUAAACAAAACCACUCACCAAUCUAGUAGCACUGAAAGGAAUACAAGUUCUGUUGCUAUAGUUUAUAUUUAUUAAUGUAUUUAUUUAAAUAUGUGUUGCCACAAAGUACUAAUUGCUUUAGCCUGAAACUUAAAAAAACAACAACAUAGACUAUCUAUGUUGUUGUUUUUUUAAGUUUCAGACCUGCAAUUAUUUUGCUUACCUGCCUCUAAAAAUAGCAGUUUUUAACAUUCAAUUAUACUAUGGCGAGUACAGCCUCAUGUUACUCUGUUACUAGGUUGCCAAAACCUACAAUAUGAGCCCAUGUUAUAAACCUGGGUAUUAAACGUGUAAUGUCCACUACCUAAAACCAUGGUUUUAUGAUUGAGACUUGUAUUUGAAGUAUUUAAUUCUAGCCUAAACAUGAUCAUAUUAGUGCCUGUGUAUUGUGAAGGUCCCUUAUGGCCGUUUUUAAGUCCAAAUCCCUGAAGUGGAUGUUUGACUGUAUAUCACGUUAAUUAAGUCAACAUAGCUUUUUAUUUUUAUUUGACAUGUACAUAUUUGCAUUUCACCUGUGAUGGAAUGUUAUUUUUUUACUAUCAUUUCAUGUAUUUGAUUUGGGUCUUCCUCCAUAGCCUUAUGUACAAAUAGCAGAGCAUAUCAUCUAUGUAGUUCUCGUGUCAAAAGUCGAGGAGUAGGCUUUACCGUAAUUUGCCAAUGUUGUUUUGUAAAAAAUUGUAAAAUUGUGUGAGGUUACACCUUGUUAGUCAAAUGCACACGUGUAAUAUCUGUGUAGCAAAAAAGUGUUUGAAAGUAGACUACGGAGUAACGUCGUGUAACGAAACCAAACAGGUGAAUGAACAGGCUGCGCUGUCGAUGUAUCCAAUGAACGGGUAAAGGACAGUCCAUCAUUUCUGACACGUGGGUCCUAACCUAUCAUCAUUUAAUAAAAUAUAAUACCUCUUUUUAAUAAACUUUUCAAAUAAGAAGCUGUUUAUCAAAUACCAUGGCACAAUGUAAUGACAUUUUCAGUGACAGUCAAGUUGAAUGAAGUAUCUGCAAGUAUUGUGAUAUGUUUGGUAUUGUCAAGGUGUCACCUUUACAUAAGAAUGCUUAUGAAAAUGAUUAAUCAGUAUAACAGGAAUUAGUGCCAUCUUAUUUUCAUAAAUGACAAGACUAAUGGCUUACAGUUUAAAGGUGGCGAAAGAUGGCUGACUAUAAUUCAAAAUGUGAGGGUAUUAUUUUAUCUUAGAUUUUCAUCUGGUCCAGGAUGUCUUAAAAAAACAACACACAAACUAGUUUUGUACUGAAAGUAUUAUUACAGUUAAAACGCACACAGAUGAAGCUCCAUAACACAGAGUGUGUAAUUAAACUUGUGUUGACCAAAUAUUUAGCGUGAUUGUUUCAGCUGUUGACAUCCAGUUGUGUUAACAGUGUCCUCUACCACUACGGCGGGGGCAUUUAAUGUGUUCUUCUGGUGAAAUGGUCGCAAUUCUUUUCUAUGUGUUUCUACAGUUUACGAGGAACCACAAAAAAUACCAAUAAAAAAAAAAAAAAAAAAAAAGAGUGCUGUAUAGUAUAAUUGAUUAUUGUUCAAGCUGUAUUUGUUUGGCUAGAGUUUAUAUUCUA